AUGGAAAAGGCGGAAAAAGCUUCAAAGCUCGUGGAAAAACUCUUCUCACAACUAAUUGACCAGGUUGAAGGCAUCAUUGACGAAGAAAAGAAAGAAUCUCAUCAAAAUAUAGCAAAGUCUUUAGAAUCAGCUUUUCCCGCAAUUGAGAAAAAACUUAAUUUUCCAGCUGGUUCGGUGGCUUUACAGCAAAUCUUGGUUCAAAGUGGGGAAAAUUUCAACCACAGGUAAAGAAUAUUUAGGUCUAGCAACAAUCAGGACAACCUCAGUGACGAUAUUGUCUUCUUAGGAGCUAGGGUGAAACAUGAAGAAAUCACCAUAGAAUGCGUCAGAACGCUCAUAAUAAACCCCACCGACGCCAUAAAAAAAGCCUAUAGCAUUCUGCUAGACCUUCUUCAAGUUUCAACCUCCGCUUUACAGUCAGGGGCUCCACUUUCUCAAGUUUACAUAAAAACUAAAGAAGCCUUAAAAAACAUCGAGCCUGAGUACCUAAAACUUUUCCCGCCAACCAUUGGUUCCUGCAACACAAAAGUUAUCAGCGAAAAUUCUCAAGAAAUCGCCCAAACUGGCGAAAUCUACGCAAUUCAGCUAGCUUUCAAUAAUUUUCCGAAACCUGAGAGUUUUAAGUGCAAAAAUGACCACUUUAGCCUUGUUAUUUGUGAUUCAGCCAUAGUAAACCAAAAUGGUCCUGUGAAAAUCCUGACGGAGGUGGCAAGGGAUUACCAAGACAUUUCGUAUUCGCUAGAAGAUGAAGAAGUAGCCACCCCGAAGCCGAAAAAAGAGAAAAUUGACAUGAAAGAACUGGAAAAUCGAGGUGUGGUCAGGAGCUCGAGACUCAGGCAUCAAAUUAACAACCAGCAGCUGGAGAACGAAAAGAGGAGAAAAGAGCAUCAGAAUGAGCUCAGGGCGAAGAAAUACGAAGAACUUAAACAGAGGUUCUCAAGGUUUGAUAUGGGAGAAAGAGACCAUUCAACUGACCAGAGGUCUUUAACUGAGGUUAUCAUGGUUUAGAGAGAAUAAAUAAUUUGUUUUAAAAAUAAUAUAGUAUAUUUAUAUAUAAAAAUAAAGAAAAUGAUAGAAAAAUUAUAGUUCUUGGAAACUAUAUGGAGAAUAUGUCAUAUUCGUCAAGAGACACCUUCCCAGACGCCGCAAAGAAAAACCAAAUUUUCGUUGACGCGAGACAUGAAAGUGUGCUGGUUCCUAUUCAAGGCCAGAUUGUCCCAUUCCAUGUAUCGACAAUUAAAAAUGUCAGCAAAAAUGAAGAAGGGAGCUAUACAGAUUUACAUCGAUUUUUUAAUAAAAAUUUGAAAAAAAAAAUUUUCUUCAUUUUGUAUAUCAUGGCAUAUUUUUUCCUAAGAAUUAACUUUUUGCAUCCAGGCGCUGGAAUAAUUAAAGAAGGUGGCUACACCCUUCCAGACCUUAAAAACCCCAGCACUUUUUACCUAAAAGAGCUCACAUUUAGAAGCAGCAACCCAAAGAACCUCAAUAACGCAUUUCGGCUUCUAAAAGAGCUGAUAAAAAGAGUCAAAGUCAAAGAAUUCGAAGAAAUCGAAAAAUCGUCCUUGGUCGACCAAGAAAGACUUAUGAUUAUCAAAGGAAAAAGACCUAUGCUCCCAGACGUCACAAUCCGUCCUAACAUUUCAGGCAAAAAGACCCAAGGCAGCUUAGAAGGCCACCAAAAUGGGCUCAGAUUUACCUCCAGCAAAGGAGAAAAGCUUGAUAUUAUCUACUCCAACAUAAAGCAUGCCAUUUUCCAGCCAGUCGAAAAUGAAUUAAUAGUCCUUUUGCAUUUCCACCUACAUAACUCUAUUAUGGUCGGCAAUAAGAAAACAGUCGAUGUGCAAUUUUAUACAGAAGCUGGCAUACAAAGUGACGAUUUAGAUAUGAGAAGACGAGGAGGGAUGGAUUUGGAUGAAAUCCAGCAAGAACAAAGGGAGAAAAAGUAUAAGGAAAAGCUCAAUAAGGAAUUCAAAAAUUUCGCUGAAGCUGUCCAAGCACUUUCUAAUGAGUCUGUGGACUUUGAUAUUCCGUAUAGAGAGCUGGGAUUUUAUGGAGUUCCUGCGAAGACUAAUGUGUUUAUCAUGCCUUCUGUGAACUGCUUAUUAAGUUUGGUAGAGCAGCCUUUCUUUGUGCUGAGUUUGAAUGAAAUUGAAGUCGCACAUUUCGAAAGAGUCCAGUUUGCCCUCAGAAACUUCGACCUUGUAUUUGUGUUUAAAAACUAUUCCAAGCCUCCUAUCAGAAUCUGCACCAUCCCUGCGGAAUACCUUGACCCUAUAAAAGAUUGGCUUAAUGACAUUGACAUUGUUUACAGUGAAAGCAUCAACCCACUUAACUGGGGAAAUGUCAUGAAAGAAAUUUCUAGAGACCUACAAGGCUUCAUUGAAGAAGGCGGCUGGAAUUUCUUACAAGAAAGUGAAGAUGAAGGCCAAAGUGAAGAAGAAAAAGAAGAAAGGGGCGAAGAAGACGAAGAUUCUGAAUUUGAUGAAGAAGAAUUAGGCAGUGAAGAAGGGGAAUCAGAUUUUGAAAGUGAUGAAGAAAGUGAAGAAGAGGAAGAAGAAUCUGAGGAAAGUGCUGAAAGUGAAGAUGAAGAAGAGGAAGAAGGAAUGGACUGGGAUGCUCUAGAAGAAGAAGCCAAACGACAAGACGCCAAGCGAAAUGCUAAAAAUGUUGUCUCUGCAAAAUCAACUAAAAAGACAAAGCAUUAA